AAAUAAAAAUAAUUGCAUAGCUUAAAAUUAAUUGAAUUAAAAUAUAGUGAAUAUUUGUUAUUUCAUUUAACGUGAAUUUAUACGUACACGUUGUCACGUUGAAGUUAACUUUCCGAAACAAUGUGAUCGAUUAACGAUUUGGGUGAACAAAAUAUCUGUGAAGAUAAAUUGUAUAAUUAAAUAUUUAUCAAAGAAAGAGGUUAAUGGUAGUGAUAUUUGACAUAAAUCAGAACAUUAUUUCAAAUACGUGAUUAAUUUGUAAUAUAAAUCAUAGCAACUUAGAAAACGCGUUAGUGAAAUGUGCUUUCAAUAUUGUUUAAUAAAUUCAUUAAUUAAAAGAAAACUAAUUACCGAUUAAAGUAUUUGAGGUUAUUUUUUUGUCUUUUCUUUUCUUGUUCAAUACAAUAUAAAAAUAUACCGAAGAAAAAUAAUUAGUUAAAAGUUUGUUUGACAAAUAACAUGAAUUACAACCAUCAAUUGAUGAUUGAGAACAAGUUGUUCUGUUUGAUUAUUUUUAAUUUUUUAGAAAUACGUAUGGACAGUUUAACAUUAAAAUGUCAACAUUAAAAUUAAGUAUGCAGGAAAAGAAAGACUUGGAUAAGUUUAUCAAAUUUCUGGCAUUAAAGGCUGCUCAAAUCAUCGUACAAUCAAGGUGUGGAGAAAAAGCUUAUACAAAAUGUAAAUCAAGUUCUAAAGGAACCGAUUGGUUCAAUUUAGCCAUUCAGGAGCAACCGGAUGCUUUAGCAGAUGCUAAAAAAGCACUAACCUGUGAUAUAGCAAGUUCUUCGGUACCACUCUGUAUAGAAAUAUAUUUAAAAACUUCAGAUAAUGAUACAAUGGUUUUGGAAACAUGGUGUUUAAGUGUUCUACCAGAACAAAGUGAUCCUACAGUAAGAGUAACGUAUACAGUAUACAACAGGAUGGGUAUUUUACUUAAAUCGUUACUCUCUGUCACGAGGGUUACUCCAGCUUAUAAAUUAAGUCGUAAACAAUCAAAAGAUUCUUAUUAUAUUUAUUACAAUAUUUAUAUGGGUGAACCUCAACUACAUGAUUUAGGUGAAAACUACAAGGAUGUACGAGUUGGACAACUCAGUACUCCUAUUGGUACCAUUCAUUUAUGGGUAUUAUACAGGACUAAAAUGACAAUUUCUCCAACCCAUACAGGACGAGACUCGAUUAUGCUCAAGAGUGAUCAUUUUCAUUCAGAUUUAAGUCCACGUCAUGCCCGUUAUCAACAAAACGAAGAAAAGUCGAAAUCUUUGAGCGAUACUUUAAAAAUGGGAGCAUUUGCCGCUAGUAAUCCACCUUUGGUUAAAGAAGGAGAUUUAGUAAUACCAGACGUACCAUUUAGUUCUUUGCUAACUCCUCGACAAACAUCACCACCACCUGGUCCUCUCGGUGAUGCUAUGAAUACAAAAAACGUAACAACAAGUGUGCCAACAGAUGGUAACAAUGGUAACAAUGAAAAAUUGUCAAACGAUAAUGCAACAUCGAAACCUAAUUCUCAGAAUGAAUCUAGAAGAAGUAGUGCACAUGAUGAUUUUAUUAUGAAAACACCUUUCGCUAUUACUAAUACCAAAAGCGAUUUGGGAGCUUUUUAUCGAGCAUGUCAAAGUGCACCUCAGCUUCAAGCAUUUAUGGAGGAAAGAACAUUGGCGGAACAAGUUGGAGAUCUUACUAAACAAUUGGAAACAUUUGAAACAAAUAUGCAACAUUACGAAGACAUUUUAUCUUCGUUAUGUCAAACAGAAAACAAUAAUUAAUUAAACAGAUAUUCAAUGUUUUUCAAUACGUAAGAAUACAAUUUAUCAUGCACUGAUAUUUAUUAACAUUGUUCUCAUCAAGUAGUAUACAUCAUCAUUAUUAUUAUUUUUAUUAUUAUUAUUAUWAUUAGCAAUGGAUACCAAUUUGCUUGGUGCUCGUGUAAUUAAUUAUUACUCGACGAUAAAAAAAAAAAACUAGUAAUUGCUUCAAAAGUAUGCUGCUUCUAUUUUUCUUUUCAUUCAAAUCCUAUAAACUUGAUCAAAGUAAUCUUUUACAAUAUAAAUUUUGAUAAAAAUUUCAGUUAAAGCACAAUAAAUAUUGUAACUUAAAGCAAUCUAAAGUAGUUCUCUUGAUUCUCAUAAACAUUUAAAAAAUAAUAAUGUUGGAAAUAAAGCCUUUUUUGCUUAUUGUAAGUAAGUAUAAUGUAUGCUUUGUGUGUGUGUGUGCGUGGGUGUGUGGGUAUGCUUUUACACGCAUAUAUUUAUAUAUUUACAUAUAUAAAUAUAAAUCAUACGUUAACCCUCUAUCAAUUCAUAUUAUUUUACGG